AUGAACAGAUUUCGAAAGUGGUUUCACAAACCUAAGAAAUCGGACCAACAAUUGCUUGCCCAGUUCUACUGUGCUGAUGAAGAGCUGAGCAAAGUGGCUGCCAAGCUCAACAGCCUGAAUGGCAAGAACGAACCCCAACGCUGUGCCCUGCUGGUCAGCCAGUUCCGCUCAUGCCAGGACAAUGUGCUGAGCAUCCUCAACCAGAUCAUGAAUGAGUGUAUCCCAGGCGAGAGAGCCAACCGAGACUUCUAUGUCAAGUUCCCAGAGGAGAUCCAACAAGAGAACCUGGAAGGCCAGCUGUGGUUUGGAGCUGAGUGUUUGGCUGCUGGCUCCAUCAUCAUGAACCAGGAGGCUGAGAGCGAGGCAAUGCGUCCCCUAGCAAAGGAACUGACUCGCUGCAUAGAUGAAGUACGGAACAUCGCCCGUGACCAGGCUCUUCGCAAUCGGAACAUCUAUACAGAGCUACUGUGCCAGGCCUUGAGAAAAUUUGACAACCUGUUUGCAGGUUUCGAGUUCAGCUAUGUUUCAGCCAUGGUACCAGUCAAGUCCUUUAAACAGUAUGACAUCCAACAGGAUGUCACUGUGCUGUUCUGUGAGACAGUGUCCAGGGCACUAAAACGGGGAUAUAUCACUCAAGACAUGAUCGAUGACUAUGAGCCUGCACUCAUGUUUACAAUCCCACGAUUAGCUAUAGUGUGUGGUCUAAUGGUGUUUCCUGAUGGCCCCAUGAAGCUGGAUGGUGAGUUGGAGGACAUGUCUGAGUUAUUCAGGCCCUUCCACUCUUUACUGAAGAAAAUUAGGAAUCUCCUGCGCACGCUCAAGGAAGAAGAGCUUCAUUCGUUGGAACGCAACCUCUGUGUCACUCAUGAAGAGGGUUUGGUUGCCCGCCGCUGUUCUUCAGCCAUACCACAUUCAGCCAUCACUCUGGCCCAGCAACUGGAGCAUACCAUGCAUGGGAAGCAGGGGGCAAAGUCCCAGUCAAAUGUUCCUCCUCAGGCAUGUGUUGUGAUGGAGGAGGACAAGGAGGACAACCCUUCCCUCCUGCAAGCUGAACCUGGCCGUUUAGAGUGGGACCCAGAGAUUGAGCUGUCAUCCUCCAUGCAGGCUGACAUCACAGAGAUGGAGCUGCUCAGCAUGAUGUUCUACCAGGCGGGAGAUGAGAUGUCCAGCUUUCUGUCCCCAACAUCUAGCCAGACUUCAUCUCCUUACCCCCAGAGGAGGGGGGCUGCCAGCCUCACCCCCAGCCCCAUGGCCUCUCCUCUCAGGCUCCGCAGGGCUGGGAGCAGAGUGUCGUCUGGUGGUUGGUCAUCUGGUGGGUCAAGUGUAGACAAAGAGGAGAGUGUCUUCUACAUGGAUGACUUGGACGGGACACAGAAGCAAGGCUAUUCCCUUCCUAACUCCCCAUAUCUGAAUAUGAGGCGGAACAUGUCUUGCCCUUCUUCACAGUGGACCAGCUUGUCCAGGAAGUGUGCGGAGGCAGCCCUCCAGCGCAGCAAGAACUGGCCCAGCAGUAGCAGGCUCUCGAACCCAGACCCUGGGGCUCUCUCUGUCCCCCCCAUCUACCUGAAUGGGGAGGGGUUGAGCCAGAAUGUGAGCCAGGAUGUUUUAGAGAUGGCAGAGCUGAUUGUACUGAGGAUGAAGGGGAUGAAACUCUCUGCAACUGUGAUCAAUCCCCCAUCUCCCAACCUGUCUACCUGGACUGAAAAGGUGAAAGAGGAAAAAGAUGACGAUGAAGAUGACGACGAAGAGGAUUCACAGCUGCAGUCUCUGAAUGAAGGGGCCACAUACUGCCAGAUCAGCCCCUGUAUCUGCCUCCAGUGCCCCAGUCUGCAUAUAUUCCCACCAGACCAUGACACCUAUGGCUGCCUGACUCCCCAAACCCAAGGUCCCCCCUUAUCUGCUGUUAGAAGCCCAGCUCUGAGCCCCAGGGGACAGGGGAAUGAGAGGAGCCAUGUGCUGGGCCCACGGUUCUCUUCACUACGGGCCAAGGGUCAACAGAGAGAUGGUGUUCCAGCAUCUGUUGCCUGCCCCAGCCUGACCCAGUGGAGAACCAAUGGAGAUGGGAAGGCUGAACAGAGAGUGGUAGAGGCAGAGCCAGAGGAAUACACCCUGUCUCAGUUCAGCUAUCAACCCAGCAGUAAUAACACAGAGGGGUUUGAGCAUCCUGACAUCCAGUUGGCCUGCCACAAUAUCCGAUCCCGUUUCAAUAGCAGCGGUGACCUCCUUCACCGUCUGUUUGUGUGCAUCUCAGGUGUUGCAGACCAGCUACAAAGCAACUACUCUAGUGACCUAAGAACCAUAUUGAAGACACUCUUCCAGAUAAUGACGACUAAGACAGUUCUUGCAGAAGAAGACAAGCAAAGGAAAGCAUCCUUAGGCCUGAGUAACAAGGCUCUGGAAGACUGUGCCUUGUGUAUGGAGUGGCUGUCCUCCUCCCCAUCGAUGGAGCAAGAUGUCCAAUCGCUCCCAAACUGGGUUCCUGAUGAGGCCUGUAGUGUCUGCACAGCAUGUAACGCCCCCUUCACCUUAAUACGCAAGAAGCACCACUGCAGGAGCUGUGGCAAGAUCUUCUGUUCUCGCUGCUCUGCCCGCUCAGCGCCUCUACCGCGGUACGGCCAGGUCAAGGCUGUGAGGGUAUGCACCCACUGCUACAUGUUUCACGUCACGCCAUUCUGCCCCUGGAACAGCAACUGACUCAACCCUGGCCCUUAUUAUUCUAUCAA